GCCACAGGCACAGCGGCGGGGCCAGCAGACUCAGAGCGAGAGAAGAGCGAGGCGGGGCGGGGCGGGACGACGAUGACCACGACGGCGACAGGGUUAUGUAGGAGGUAAUGUACCGUACAGUACAUGUAGUAGGUGGUGCUGUCGGGUGCUGCGUCAUCUCUUAAUACAUGUCAUGGUCGGGCACCUGCUGGACGGCCUUGGGCCUUCUCCCUAACUUAGACCACCUACACACAUUAGGCACCUACAUGUACCUGUACACGUACUUCCUUGUCACAUCCAUCUGACUCGGAUGCACUUGGAACAACUGCAAUUCGCCUCCUCUUGAGAACCGUCAUGCGUACAGCAUAGCAUAGACACGAGUAUCCUAUUGUCUGGAAAUCGACACCAACAGCAACAACGACAACAACAACAAGAACGACGACGACAAUGGCUUCGGUGACAUCGCUGGACCAGGACAUGCGCAAUCUGCGACUGUCGCGAUACACCCCGCAGGCUGCCAACGAAGCCCGACAAUGGAUCGAGACCACCCUCGGACAUUCUCUACCAGCAGGCGAUCUGCUCGACGCGCUCAAAGAUGGCGUUGCGCUGUGCAAACUGGUCAAUCUGGCCGUGCAGGGCCAUGCCGGUGCCAUCAAGUACAAGGCCAGCGCAAUGCCCUUUGUGCAGAUGGAGAACAUCAGCCACUUCCUGCGAGCUUGCGAGCUGCCGCCGCUGAACAUGCCGGCACACGAUCGCUUCUUGACUGUCGACUUGUACGAGCACAAAGAUCCCGCUCAAGUGCUGCAAACUAUUGGAGCCUUGAGCAGGCAGGCCCAUAAGAUUAACCCUACGCGAUUUCCCACCACGAUAGGUCCGAAGAAGACGGGAGCAGCAGCCGCAAUGUCGCCUACUACCACGGGAAAUGGCUUCAGACGACCCGUAAGCCCGACGAAAACAACCACUGGCCCCUACCCUUCCUCCAACCGCGCUAUGAGCCCGGCUUUGACGGGAGGCUCUGCUGGAUCGCAGAAAUCAGCCGGAGGUACAAUAUCACCGACAGGCCCUGUUAGUAGCUGGAGUAAGAAGAGCGACGAGGGGAGUACUGCCCCCGCAUGGAACAUUCAUCAGUAUGGCUUCAUGGGAGGAGCGUCACAAGGCAAUCAAGGCAUCAGCUUCGGAAGCCGGCGCCAGAUUACUAGUCAGGCUCCUGGAGUGCCCAGCUUGGCCGAGAAGCAGAAAGCGCGCAGGGAAAAGGAAGAGGCCGAGGAGCGGCAGCGACAAUUGGCACAGGAAGAGCGAGAGAGGAGAGCUCGAAAGGUGCAGGAGGACGAGGAGAGGGCUCGGAUCGAAGAGGAACGCAGGUGGGAGGAAGAGACGAAGAGACAUCGAGAGGAAGAGCGCCAACGGCUCGAGCAACAGAAACGCGAAUGGGAGCAGCAGGAGCGGGAGUGGCAGGAAGAAGAAGAGGUGCGGAAACGAGAGGACGCGGUAUUACAAUCGAAGAUGAGUAUCAAAAAGCCGCCCGAGAAGCCUCGUGUGCCCAGCUCGGGUAUUCUGCGAGGCCAGACGCUGGCACAAUACCACAAGGAGAGAACAGCAUCUGGCAAUAUUCCUCCAGUAGAGGUGGCAGAGACCCCAGAGCAACGACGGGUGAAGGAGUUGGAGCAACAGCUAGCAGAGGCUCGCGAGAGGGAAAGACAAUACCAGGCAGAACGUGAAGAGCGACUGAAACGAGAUGCAACGGGCGAUAGAUCACGACCGAGCACUGCAGAAACAGCACGACCAGCAAGUCCGCAGCAGAGCGAUGUCAGCUGGGCAGGCGAUGAACGUAACUUCCAGCGCAAGCAGUUGCAUACUGGUCAUGAUGGGGCUCCGUCGAGACCAGCCCAGUUUGGUGCCACGCGACCUCUGCCACCGCCCAAAGAGGAGCAACCUGCUCUACCAGCCCGACCUUUACCAGAACCCACCCCUGAUGAGCCAGAGCCGGUGCCAGAGCCAGAGCCAGAGCAAGAGCCAGAACGUGUUCAGGCACCUGCCACGAACCCGCCGGCAUUGCCCUUUAGAGGUCAGCCAUCGCCUUUUAACAAAUCACCCUUUAGUAGACCACUUCCCACUCUCGCCAACCAACCAAAACCCGAGCCCUUUGAGCCGGAACAGCGCAAGCCGAAUCGGACGGAGGCAUUUCUCUCCUCCAAUGCCGCACCGACUACCACAGGACCACGCAUAUCCUCGGCACAAGAGGCUGGAGACACCUCUCUCGAGCAGCAAAGGCUACGUGAUUCUCGUGUGGCUUCGCAGCAAAAGACCAAAGCUGGCGGAUGGGCGAGUAAGUCACUCCUGGAACGUGAGAUGGAACGAGAGCGUGAACGCCAGAAGGAGUGGGAGGCUGCGCAAGAGGAGUCUCAGAACGCGCCUCGAGAUCUUACUCAGGGCAGUGGACCCGCACAGAGCUGGGAUGUGCACCAGUAUGGAUACCUGGGAGGAGAUUCCCAGAACAAAGGCUCCAGUGUUGGAAGUGGGAUCAAUAUUGGAGGAAAGAGGCAGAUCACCUCGCCUGCGGGUACCUAUCGAGUGGGUGGUCCACGUCCGAUGAAGUGAUGCUUUUGCCCGGCAUAGAUGAUGAUUGAUAGAUACCAUGACAUAUCAUGCAACGCAGCGAAUUGUUUUC